CUACGCGCCAAUUAAAAAAAAACUGUUAUUACGUAAAUAAAGUUUAAGCACAAAUACCUACCUUACCUACUGUUUUUUUAAAUAAACAACAAUACAAUAAAUACACAUUUAACAACAAUAAACAAAUGAAAGACCAAUCAAUUUAUGGCUACUUUCCUCGUUACUGUGAUAUUAAUUUCAUGACGUGAUCAGCUCAAGCCUUAUUUUUAUUUAUAAUAAAUGAGUCGAAAUAAACGUGAUGAUAAUUUCCCCGACAAUGGGUUCGAGGCAUGGGGAGGCUAUAUGCAAGCCAAAAUUGCGAAACUGGAAAAUCAGUUUACUUCAGUUACCGCAAAAGAAGAAAUUCUUUCGAAUAUUUUCACUGGUAUUAAUAUAUUUGUAAAUGGAUUUACUAUACCUUCAGCAGAUGAACUUAAGUGUUUAAUGUCCAAACACGGCGGUGUUUAUCACACUUAUCAAAGAAACGAAGAUUUCAUUAUCGCCACAAAUUUGCCAGAUACGAAAGUGAAGAAUAUGUCUUUAGCGAGGGUGGUUAAGCCUGAAUGGAUAACUGAUAGCAUUAAAGCGAAAAAGUUACUAGAUUACAGGAAUUACUUGCUUUUUGGACAUUCAAGAACACAAAGAGUGUUAAACUUCACAAAGAGAGUGACAAAUGACAAAGAUAUAGAUGAAACGAAAUAUAGUUCACUCAAAGAAACUUUAAUUGAAAAUAAAGAUACAAUAGUAAACAACGAUUAUUUCAAUUCUAUAAAUUUAAAAAAAAGUACAAUAAAUACAACAAAACAAAUGUGCCAAAACAGUAUUAAUGGAACUGGAAAUGAGAUAAAUCCGGAAAAGUUGCAGGUCACAAAAACUGCAGCAGAUCCCAACUUUAUUUCUGAGUUCUACAACAACUCAAGGCUACAUCAUAUUUCACAAUUGGGUGCAUGUUUCAAGCAGUAUGUGAAUGAUUUGAGAGAACAAAGUAAUUUUGUAUUUCCCGCAAGACAAAAUCUGAAGGACAUAAUUAAAUCAUCAAAUAAUCGAUUAUCGCAAUUAGUCUUUGAAAAAGGAAAAACAAUAAUGCAUAUUGAUAUGGAUUGUUUUUUUGUGUCAGUUGGGCUACGUAAUAGGCCAGAGUUGAGAGGUAAACCUGUAGCUGUGACGCAUUCUAAAGGAGGAAUACCGCACAUCAAAAGAUCUGGUGUAGACAGGAAUGCAGAAUUUAAUUUGUAUAAACAGAAACAGGCCAAAAAACUUGUGAAAGACACUGGGUUACAGGGUCAAGAAUUGGAAAUUGAAACUAGAGUUGAUAAUAUUGGAGAUGAGGAGAGUAAAUUUGGGUCCAUGAGUGAGAUAGCAUCAUGUUCAUAUGAAGCUAGGGCCAGGGGAGUUGGUAAUGGUAUGUUUAUGGGUGUAGCGUUAAGAUUGUGUCCUGAUUUACAAACCAUUCCAUAUGAUUUUGAGGGUUACAAAGAAGUGGCUUAUACUUUAUACAAUACUGUAGCCCAGUAUACAUUAGACAUAGAAGCAGUCUCAUGUGAUGAGAUGUAUGUUGACUGUACAGAACUAUUGAAAGAUAUGAACAUGAAUGUGCAGGAUUUUGCUACAAUUUUGAGAGAAGAGAUUAAAACAAAAACUGGAUGUCCUUGUUCAACAGGAUUUGGAGGAAAUCGGUUACAAGCAAGGUUGGCCACCAAAAAAGCUAAGCCUGAUGGCCAGUUCUUUCUAACUGCAGAUCUGGUACAGGAUUUCAUGUAUGAAAUCAAUCUCAAAGACUUACCAGGUGUCGGUAGACAAAUAUCACAGAAAUUGGAGUUAUUGGGGCAUACAACUUGUGGAACAUUACAGAGUUUAUCUUUAGCCACAUUAAAAUGCCAUUUGGGCACUAAAACUGGAGCACAACUGUUUGAUCAAUGCAGAGGUCGUGGCCAAAAUGCUUUAGCAUUUCACACUGUGCGAAAAUCAGUUUCUGCUGAAGUUAACUAUGGUAUUAGAUUCGAAAAUAAUGAUCAAGCUAUUGAAUUUUUGAAACAGUUGUCUGCUGAGGUACAUUCAAGAAUGCAGCAAUUUAAAGUUUUAGGAAAAUGUAUAACUUUGAAGUUGAUGGUCAGGGCUGAAGAAGCACCAGUUGAGACUGCAAAGUUUAUGGGUCAUGGAUAUUGUAAUGUCAUUAAUAAAUCAAAUAAUCUACCUGCAGCUACUAAUGAUGUUGAAGUGCUAACCCAGGAAACUAUUGAGAUAUUUAAAAAAAUAAAUGUAGAUGCUAAAGAAAUGAGAGGUGUUGGAAUACAAGUAACAAAAUUGGUGCUAAUUAUUAAACAGCAAAGUAAAGGUGCCAUCAGUAAAUUUCUUUGUAACAAACCAACAAUCAUAAAUAUCAAAAGAGAAUCCAAAACUGAAGUUGUUUCAAACAAAAUAAACUUAGAGAACAAUGAAAAUAAACAACUUCAAUUGAAAAAUUCUAGGCUAAAGAAAAAAUCUCCAACAACUGAUAAAACUAAAUCACCACCAGGGAAAAGACGAGGAAGACCACCCAAGGCACUUACUUUAGAACAAAAAGAAAAAAAACGUGCCAUAAGUAAAUCCGGAGUAGAAGCCAGAGAUACACCAUUCAAGAAUCCAAUGAUGAAACCACAAAAUUCACUCAAAGAAACAAAAAUUAAAGUUGAAAAAACGGAAGGCCUCUUAGGUCUGCCGUGGAAUAAAGCGAGAGAAUUACUGAGAGCUUGGUUAGACAGUGGCCAAAAACCUCUAAGUUGCGAUAUCAGAAUGAUAGCAGAGUAUAUGAGAGAGAUGGUAAUUAAAAAAGAAAUUGACAAAGUCGAAAUAUUGAUAAACUUUUUAAGCAGAAGGACUGAGGAAAUUGGUAGUCAAGUCUGGCUGGAUGUGUAUUGCCAUGUUGUCGAACAAGUCCAGAAUGCUAUGAUAGCUAUUUACGGGACAAGGUUACAUAUUGACGCAACCUGAAUUAAAUGGAAGGAAUAACUUGCGCAUGAACAGACGAGAACACUCUCGCCCAUAAAAGAUACGUAAAGGUAAUAUCCUUUUAUAAAAAAAUAUUGACGGUAGAUAGCGCAAUAUCUACGUGUUGGCAAAAUAACACUAAUUGUGAUCACGGCAACCUGUAGUAUCUGAAACUUUGGAAAUAAUAAACGCGAAAUGAAAAGUUAAAAA